CUGGAACAAGUCUGUGUUUCAGGGUGCCUAUGGACUAAUGUGGCCGAUGCUCGCCUUCAGCGAAGAAGGUGCCUUACGUCACAAGUUUUCGCAGGGAGAGUCACGAUCCAAAUAUGUAUCCAACCGAAACUUCACCAUUAUGUGCUAGUGGUUAGAAGACCAUCGGCGCCUUUAGGUGAAGGUACACGUACCCGGAUUAAUCAUGCGGGUGACUCAUAUGUGUUCCAAGGCUUCUCAGUUUUCUUUCACCGAGAAUUACCUGCGGUUCUUCCCCUGAUGCCGGUUUCACGCUAUAUCAAUGAAUAUGAAUUUCAUUUUGAAAAAGCGCCCAUGAUCAACUGUUUCACCGUCGAGGAGUUAGACAUGUUCCAUCAGUACCUUUUCGUUGACCUACUGGAAUUGUAUGAUGAGUCAGUGCGCCCAUUUGGAGUCACCGAUGGUUGCCCAAUAUAUCAUGUUAUGCCGCGAUUCAUCUGUGAACGAGAGGGUGUUCAACGAUUGCUGCCGAUGAGCAUUGUGAUUCGAUACUUGUGUGACUCAUUUGUUCCAAUUGUGAGCGAAAAGGAGGCAGAUACGCUCGCAUCCUGCACAGAAUCCGAAAUCGCGAAAGCUUUAGCAGCAAAGAAAUUCCAACUGGCGACGAACCCUAGAAAGAGGCCUUCUACCAUUCGAAUAGACAGCAUAAAGAGACCGACAGCUGAGUUUCCAUAUUAUGCAAUAGAACAUAAGGCAUCACCCCCCAUCGCGUACGCAAAUUUGAAAAAUCCUGAACUUACGGAGGCUCAACGUCGUCUUAAUAAGUUGCGUAACUCUCAAUCAAGUGCUAAUUCGGGACAGCCUCAAAAGGAGCAUUUGGAGGAAAUGAACAAUCUCCUCAAAAAAAUCAACGAAUUGAAACAGCACAGAGCUACUUCGCUCAACGCCACGAAGGUGAUACCUUGCACGGGUUUCUUAGCGACGGGUAUUUUCGCAGAUGUUACGGCUCAUGUGCUUCUAAUGAUCCUUGCUGUAAAGCAUGCGCGAUUACACCUGUCUCUUUCGGAGUUUGAAAAGAUCAUCGACUACAAGUUUGCAAAUCGCAGCUUAAUUGAGCUUGCCUUCACUCAUCCAUCCUAUAAGAAUGAUUUCGGUAUAAAUGUGGAUCAUAUCAAAACGACGCUCACCAAUUGUUUGUUCCGACGUUAUGCUCCGUUCACCGAAAAUAACGAGAAAAAGAAAGGGUUCCGCAAUCUAAUGCAUAUAAUGUCACAAUCGGGAUCAAGUACUGCGGGCCUGUCCAAAGUGGCACAUAAUGAAAGGCUGGAGUAUUUGGGUGAUGCCGUGGUGGAACUGAUAGUCUCGAGCCGUCUGUUCUUUAUCCUUCCUCAUCAGGAAGAGGGUGGUCUGGCCACCUACCGUAGUGCACUUGUUCAGAAUCGUAACCUUGCCGCGUUAGGAAAGAAAUUGCGACUAGGUGACUGGAUGAUGUAUGCUCAUGGAAUCGAUUUAUGCGACGAGGAAGAUUUUAGGAAAUCGUUGGCCAAUACAUUUGAGGCUGUCCUUGCUGCUAUCUAUUUGGACGGAGGAAUCGAGGAGUGUGAUCGUAUAUUUGCCGAUGCAAUGUUUGGCGAUGACCCUGCUGUAAAGGAUCACUGGCUCAAUGUCCCUGAACAUCCUCUCAAGGUCGAGCAACCCAAUGGUGAUAGAAUGAUUAUUGACGAUACUGACGAACUGCUUGAACUCACCGAUCUCGAGGAUAUCCUUGGAUUCCGCUUUCAGAAUAUUCGCUUGCUCGCCAAAGCACUCACACGGAGAAACGUGCCAUAUAACACGCUCACAUGCGGUAAUAAUCAGCGUUUGGAGUGGCUUGGAGAUGCUGUGCUACAGCUUGUGAUUUCUAAUUAUCUUUAUCAUCAUUUCCCGAACCAUCAUGAAGGACAUCUAUCACUUUUGCGAACCUGUCUUGUUUGCAAUGAGACCCAGUCUCAAAUUUGCGAGGAUCUCGGUCUUCACUGCUUCAUAAUACAUCCGCCUGGAAGCGGUUUACGUUUGCCGGAUCUGAGUCUGAAAGAUAAAGCCGAUUUAGUUGAAGCUCAUUCUUGGUGCGAUUUUGUUGAUCGUGAGAUGGAACUACUGCGUGAGCUUCAUCUAUAUUCUGCUUCCAUUUCAAUGCGCUCACAACACUUCAUCGAGUCAAAGAAAUGGAAUGAUUCCAAGUCACAGCUGCAACAGUGUUGCCUAGCAAUGCGAGAAUUGGAUGCUGGUGACUCUUCUGCUCCAGAAAUGCCGGAAUAUAGAACUAUUGGCAUUGAAGGUUCAACGAAUGCACGUCAUUACCGCGUCGCUGUUUAUUUCAGAAAUAUGCGUCUGGCUGUUGGUGAGGCAUGUACGGUACAUCUGGCGCAAAUGAAUGCGGCUAAAAAAGCGCUUGAAGAAUACAAAGACAUGUUCUCCUCCAUAUCACGGAACAAUGUCAAGAAUGCCGCCAACGCUUUUAUUAAGAAACUUCAAGAAGCUCAACAGCGUCCGUCAACGUACACAUUGAAUGAAGAACCACGCCCUCGACCACCUCCGCUAAUCGGUGCCGGAUCAGUCCAAGUCCCUCCUCCACCAUCUUUAAACCGCAGUGCAACAUCAGAAUCUCUUGCCCCCAAGCCUAAGACACCCCAACGACUCGGUGCAGCCACUCCGCUUGUCAAGCAAAUGCUUCAGUCUGUGGCUGCAUCAUAUCGUCAGUUCUCGGCUGCAACUUCGCUACAGAAUGCGGUUGUUCAGCAGUCUCUACGGAACGCUACGUCACUGUUUUCUUCUCAAACACCGGUCAUGCUCAAUUCAGUUCCAACAAUGUCGCCAUUUGGUACUGUACCCUUUGGACUGACCGGCUCGUACACAUCACCAGCACAAACUUCACUUGGAGCCCUCACUUUCACACCCUCACUUUUCCAGAUUACACCUCAGUAUAUAACCAGUACGCAGGGUACAUCACUUACCCCCUCUCUGCUGCAGCUUGGGGGUCUGGCCCAGACACCGUCAACAGUUCACGGCCCCCAACCUCUCUUUCCAAAAUUGAACAGGACGGAACAAAGGCAGAAAUCGCCUUCUCCAUCAACCUCAACGGGUCGAAGAGGACCGGGUGGCAAGCAACCGCCUUCAAAGCGAGCAAUGAAACGUCGAAGAGAGCCUUUUACUGGUUCUAGGCAAAGUAAUCAACCCCCACCCGUUGCUGGUUCUGGGCAACGAGACCAGUCUCAACCUCGGCGGAUCAAAAAAGAAGCAGCUGUUGUCUAA